AUGUCCGAUAUCCAAUCCAAGAACAACGAGCACUUCAACAAGACCGCUACCGACUAUGAUAACAUCCCUCAGGUCAAGGAAAUGACCCAGCGCGCCGCCGAGGUUGUCAUUCGAGAGUACAUUGCCUCCACCAACGAGGACUAUGUCAAGGGCGCCUCCGUCAUCGAUUUCGGAUGCGGUACCGGACUCUGUGCCUUCAAUGUCGCUCCAAAAGUCGGUCGCCUUCUCGGCGUCGACGCCUCUGAGGGCAUGCUCAACUAUCUGAACCACAAGCUCACCACCAACGCCGAAAACGCCUCCAUCCGCGACAAGGUCAAGACCGUUCAACACCUCGUCACAUUUGAUGAUCCUCUUCCAGAACCCGAGCGGUCCCAGUACCUCGCAGGAGCCGACGGAGGCGUCGACAUGGUUUAUUCUAGCUUCGUGAUGCACCAUAUCGAAGACGUCCAAGGAAUCACCAACGCCCUGGCACAAAAGCUGCUCAAGAAAGACGGCUGGUUGAUUGUCUUGGACUUUGAGGGCCUCCAUAACCACCAUCACGGCGACGGCAAAGCCCACGAUCAUGGACACGGUCAUGGUCAUGGCCACCAGCACGCCGAGGGUGAAAAACACGAACAUCACGAUCAGCAUGAGCACCAUGGACACCAUGAACACCACGGAUCUGAGAACAAAGUCGAAGAAAUGCAUGGACACUACGUCGACGCAGACGGCAAGCCCUUGGAAUUCGUCGCUCACAAGGCAGGAUUCACACCCGAGGGAUUCAUGGAGAUCUUCAAGAAGGCUGGACUGGUUGAUGUGGAGGCCAAGCAUUCCUUUGGAAUGGAUCGUGAGUGGAGCGGCAAAAACAUAUGGACCGAUGUCCUUGUUGUCAAGGGUCGUCGUCCCUAA